AUGUCCAAAGAACCUCUCAUUCUCUGGCUGGUGAUUGAGUUUUGGUGGCUUUACCUGACACCAGUCACUUCAGAGACUGUUGUGACGGAGGUUUUGGGUCACCGGGUGACUUUGCCCUGUCUGUACUCAUCCUGGUCUCACAACAGCAACAGCAUGUGCUGGGGGAAAGACCAGUGCCCCUACUCCGGUUGCAAGGAGGCGCUCAUCCGCACUGAUGGAACGAGGGUGACCUCAAGAAAGUCAGCAAAAUAUAGACUUCAGGGGACUAUCCCGAGAGGUGAUGUCUCCUUGACCAUCUUAAACCCCAGUGAAAGUGACAGCGGUGUGUACUGCUGCCGCAUAGAAGUGCCUGGCUGGUUCAACGACGUAAAGAUAAACGUGCGCCUGAAUCUACAGAGAGCCUCGACAACCACGCACAGAACAGCAACCACCACCACACGCAGAACAACAACAACGAGCCCCACCACCACCCCACAAAUGACAACAACCCCAGCUGCGCUUCCAACAACAGUCGUGACCACACCGGAUCUCACAACCGGAACACCACUCCAGAUGACAGCCAUUGCCGUCUUCACAACAGCAAACACGUGCCUUUCACCAACCCCAAGCACCCUUCCAGAGGAAGCCACAGGUCUUCUGACUCCUGAGCCUUCUAAGGAAGGGCCCAUCCUCACUGCAGAAUCAGAAACUGUCCUCCCCAGUGAUUCCUGGAGUAGUGCUGAGUCUACUUCUGCUGACACUGUCCUGCUGACAUCCAAAGAGUCCAAAGUUUGGGAUCUCCCAUCAACAUCCCACGUGUCAAUGUGGAAAACGAGUGAUUCAGUGUCUUCUCCUCAGCCUGAAGCAUCUGAUACAGCAGUUCCUGAGCAGAACAAAACAACAAAAACAGGACAGGUGGAUGGAAUACCCAUGUCAAUGAAGAGUGAAAUGCCCAUCUCCCAACUACUGAUGAUCAUCGCCCCCUCCUUGGGAUUUGUGCUCUUGGCAUUGCUCGUGGCGUUUCUCCUGAGAGGGAAACUCAUGGAAACCUAUUGUUCGCAGAAACACACAAGGCUAGACUACAUUGGAGAUAGUAAAAAUGUCCUCAAUGACGGGCAGCAUGGAAGGGAAGACGAAGACGGCCUUUUUACCCUCUAACAAUGCAGUAGCAUGUUAGAUUGAGGAUGGGGGCAUGACACUCCAGUGUCAAAAUAAGUCUUAGUAGAUUUCUUUGUUUCAUAAAAAAGACUCACUUAUUCCAUGGA